UAGUUCGCAUGUUUGGAUGAUCCAGCGUCCAGUAGGAGCCGAGUUAUCAUUCGGCUGUGUUCAGACUCGACGUUUUUCUUCCUUCUUUGACUCUUGGAUGUUUGUAAAAUGUCCGGGGUUCAGGAUCUUUCAGUUUUUCCUGAAAAAGUUCAAAUUUCUUCAGUGAGCAAGGAAGAAAUUCCACCUGAGCAGCAGGGGAGGCGCUCCAGUCUAAACCAAGAGAUUAACAUCAAAGAGGAACCAGAGGAACUUUGGAGCCCUCAGGAAGGAGAUCAGCUUCAAGGGCCAGAGGAGGCUGGCAUCAGCAUGAUCACUUUUUGUUCAAUCCCUGUGAAGAAUGAAGAUGAUGAAGUGAAACUUCGGUUCUCACAGCUUCAUCACAGACAGGAGAACAAACCUGCAGGAGCUGAAGGAGCAAAAAGUGGAGGAACAGAGGUAACCAGGAACCUUGAUCCAGAGAGAGAUUUACAACUUAAGACUGAGAUCCAGACUGAAAACUCUUCUGAAGCUGAGACAGACGACAGUGCUGAUUGGAGGGAGACUAUAGAUCACCAGCCAGAUUUUAACUUUUUGGAAAAUGUCAAAAAUGAAAGAAGAAAGACUGAUAAGAAAUUACAUAGCUGCAUUAAGUGUGGUAAGAAAUUUAGCAGAAAAGGUAAGCUCAAUGAACAUAUGAGGAUUCACACUGGUGAGAAACCCUUCAGCUGCUCUGAGUGUGGUAAAAAAUAUGGUCACAAGGGAAGUAUGACAGAGCACAUGAGGAUUCACAUAACAGAGAAGCCUUACAGCUGUUCUAAAUGUGGAAAAAGAUUUGUCCAUUUAAGUAGUAUGGCCAAACACAUGGUAGUUCAUACUAAAGAAAAGAAAUUUAUCUGCUCUGAGUGUGGUAAAGAAUUUAGUCUUAAAGAGCGUCUUACAAGACAUAUGGCAACACAUACAGGAGCGAAACUCUUUGUCUGCUCUUUAUGUGGUAAAAGCUUUACCCAAAAUGCUUCUCUGACCACUCAUAUGCUGGUCCACACUGGACAAAAACCCUUCAGCUGCUCUGAGUGUGAUAAAAUGUUUAACAGAAAAAGCAAUCUUAAAGUGCAUAUGAGAGUUCACUCAGGAGAGAAACCCUUCAACUGCCCUGAGUGUGAUAAAAAAUUUAGUCAACAAGGAAGUAUGGCUGUACACAUGAGAAUCCAUAAAGGAGAGAAACCCUUUGACUGCACUGACUGUGGGAAAAAAUUUAGCCUUAAAGGUAAUCUGAAUCAACAUAUGAGAAGUCACAUGGCAGAGAAAUCCACCAGCAGCUCUUUUGCAAACAGAGACAGAGGUCAAGACUGAAGACUAUUCUGAUACUGAGGCAGAUGACAAUGCUGAUGAUUGGAAAAGGAUCAGACACUAUCAGUAAUGUUUAAACACUGAGAAAUGAUUAACGUGGUGAUAUGAAAUAUGAAACUGCUGGGAGACAACUCUUAGUGUGGUAAUACAUUCAGGUGGAAUUAUCAGUCAAAUAGAUUUAGAUAAACAUUACUGUUAUGUAACAGCACUUUUGCCCAAAGUGACACAUCUGGGACAGGUGUUCAUAGCAUUAAGGACCUUUCCCAAGGACUAAACCAACAAUCUACUGUAAAAUAAAGUCAGCACUAUAAACCACUGAUCUAUCUAGCUGCAGUAACUUAAAAAAGACCAUAUAACAGAUGAUAAUAAUAAUAAUAAUAAUAAUAAUAAU